GGUCUUCAAUGCUUCUCUAAAAUGUCAUAUCCAAACCAGUCGCAGACUCUCAACGUCACUGGACAGCAGCAUCAGGGGUUACUGGAGAGUGUCUUGUUUACCACUCUGAUUGGAAUGCCAUGCUGUGUGUUUCUCUUCAUCAACGGGACAAUGUUAUUCACCCUGAGGAGUAAACCAGUGUUUCGUGAAACCUCCCGUUACAUUCUCCUGUAUAACCUCCUGUUUGCUGACACUGCUCAGCUGGCAUUUAGCCAGUUACUGUACAUAAUUGCUGCUUGUAGAAUAAUGCUAACGUAUCCUGUGUGUGGUGUUCUCAUUAUUUUUACCAAGCUCACAAAUGAUAUCUCUCCUCUGACUCUGGUGGUGAUGUCUCUGGAGCGAUAUGUAGCUGUGUGCUACCCACUGAGGCACGCUACCAUCAUCACCGUCAGAAACACAGGGGUGGCUAUCGCUGUGGUUUGGGCCAUUAGCUUGAUAAAUAUCUGCAUUCGAGUUCUUUUGCUGUUAAAUUUUCCAUUCAAAGACCUGGAGAGCCUGGUAAUGACAGACGUCUGCUCCGAUUUACAGAUGGUGCUUGAGCCAAUAAGUGAUCAUUACGACAAAGCCUACACUUACUUUCUGUUUCUUUCAGCCACUGUUGUGAUCAUUGCCUCCUAUGCUGGUGUGAUGGUAGCAGCCAGGUCAGCCUCCACAGACAAAGCUUCGGCUCAUAAGGCUCGUAACACACUGCUGCUGCAUCUGGUGCAGCUGGUCCUCAGUCUAUUCUCAACCAUGCACAACUCUAUAGUUCAAUCACUAUCAACAAUCGUACCAAGGUUAUCAAUUGUACGUAUCAAGAGUGUUUUCUAUGUGGUUGUUUAUAUCUUGCCCAGAUGUCUGAGCUCUCUCAUCUAUGGGCUCAGAGAUCAGACCAUCAGGCCUGUUCUCCUGUACCAUUUAUGCUGUCGACUGACACUCAGCCGUCCCAGCAAAGGGUGA